AUGGCAAGCCUCAAGUUUGGGUUUGCGUUUGUGGAGGCAGGCAAAACAGAUCCAAAGAACGUCUCCAAUGUCAUCUUUAAAAAUGUAGCAGACACAUUUGUCACCUUGCUGGCUUUCUUUCUCCAUGGCUAUGCGUUUGCCUUUGGGGAGCACAACGCUGUUAUCGGAACCCAAUUCUUCCUCACACUGAAUAAGACAAACAUGGUAAACUUCUUCUUCAACUAUGUUCGCUGUGCUGUGGCCACUACUCUGGCACUAGGGGCUGCCAACGAGAGGACAGAACCAAUCGGCUACCUCAUAUCCGCAUACGUUUUCUCAGGAAUAAUCUACCCUCUGGCUUGUCACUGGGUCUGGGACCAGCAAGGCAUCUUCAGUCCAACCUCCACCUCCUACCCAUCACAGGACUAUGCAGGCAGCGGUGUGAUCUUCUUGCUGGGUGGUGCAGCGGCAGCUGUCUCACUGCGGGUUAUAGGAUCACGGGCUGGACGCUGGAGUCCCCAUUUCAAACGGACAGAGCACAGACAGCCUAUGGUGGUGCUGGGAGGAUGCCUUCAAAUGCUGGGCUUCUUGGGCCUGGUGAUAGGCACUCACCCCCGUGUGUUGGAUGCUGAUGAGGGCCUGUUACUGGGGCUAGGCACUGUGAACCUGCUGCAUGCUGCUACAAGCGGAGGACUCUACGGACUAAUGAUCCAACGCAUCGAUAAGAACUACUAUGAUCUCGACAGCAUGCUCUCUGGGGCCAUUGCUGGCAUGGUGGCAGUGUGUGCAGGAGUAGACACCUACAUGCCUGGUGUGGCAGUCAUGUGUGGGGCCACUGGAUCUCUCCUCUUUAUUGGCUUUCGCCGCUUCCUCUGUGCUGUGAAGGUGGAUGACCCCCUUAACAUCAUCUCUGGUUAG